CAUCACCAAGAAGACCCUGCCCCAGAAGCCCCUCCGGCUCAUCAGCCCCCCCCAGUCUGGGACAUCCCUUGGAUGGGGGCCAGUGUCCCUUCUGCCAGGGAGGGGCUGCCCCUGUGGGAGUGGGAUUGUGACAUCAGGGAGGAGGAGGAGGAGGAGGAGGAGGCCAGAGUCCCUUGAGAAAGAGGAGGAGGAGGAUCAGCCUCCCAGCCAGGAGGGCCCCAGCACCCCCGAUGCCAUCCAAACAUGGGCAGCACCAAGCAGGGGCCAGCCCCAAAAGAGCCCCCCAGCCCCCCUUCGGCCCCCGUGGUCUGCAUGCCAGGCCCCGGGGAGAAGGUGGCGCAUGACUUCCAGAUGCUGGUGCAGAAGGUGGGGGGCCGGCCUGAGGUGCUGCUGAUCGGGGAGACACUGGAGGGCCAGGACAUCCACAGCAUGAUGGCCGCCUUCGUCCAGGACCUCUUCUCGGCCCCCUGCCAUCCGGUCCCCCCCGGGGAGGCCCUCAAGGAGCCCUGUGGCGUCCCCUGCACCCUCGGGGGCAAGCGCUGCCAGCUCAUCUUCUUCCUCUGCCGGGCCUCCUGCCUGAAGGGCAAGCAGAACGAGCUCCAGAGGGUCCUCAAGGAGGUCAAGAAGGUUGUCCAGCGCCACCCCUGUGCCCUGGUGGGGGUCAUCAUGGAGCCCACCCAGGGGGAGGCCGAAGCCGCCCGGGCCCAGCUCCUCCGCGUCCUCCGGGGGGUCUUCCCCAAAGGCCAGGGGGCCCACAAGAAAGGCCAGAAGGACACCGCGGAGACUGGCACCCUGGAGCUGGAAGACAUCGAGGUGGAAGCGGAGGUCUAUGUCCCUGGACAGCCAAGGGGCAAGCUGGCCAUCAUGAAGGCGGCCUGCCGGGCCUCGGAAGCACUGGCCCAGUCCAGAGGUUUGCCUGAGGCGGAGGUGGUCUCUAAGGAUCCGCUAACCGUUGCAGGUUCCUCUUGUCUCCGGAGGCUCCUCAAAGGCCUGGUGGGCACCGCUUGUCUGGUGGGCACCUCCUCUGUCGCCUUGUGGUACCUCUGCCAAUACGGCCUCCUUCCUCCCGACUGGGCGGCCCCCGUCUGCGCAGUAUUCCCCUGAGGCAGAUGGAAAGCGGACGGGAAGGUCAUCUUCAUCUGCCCUGGAAAAUAAAGCCACCUGCUGCCUGCCGCA